AUGUUUGCGAUUGGGUAUCAUAGCUUAAGGGAGCUUAAGGCCACCUUUCAGGAGAUACUGAGCUCUGACGGCGUGAAAUGGCUGAAGCAACCGACGCAAGACGAUCUGCUGGAGAAACUCAAGGAUAUGACCUUCGAGAUAGCCGGCGGCAAGCCCACGAAUUUUGAGGAGCAGUACGGCGGCCCACUUGAAGGCGGAUCUGAUGCGGAGUUCCCGGAGCGAAAACUACUACGAUGGCUUCAUCGAUUCGCCUUUCUAUGUGACGACGAGGCGAAUCUGGUGGUGCUGCCAGCCAUGUACAUGCAACACCGCUACUUCUGGGACGACGCCUAUCCCACGGCCCUCAGAUACGGGACUUUGGGAUUCUUCUUGGGCCAUGAAAUGGCCCAUGGUUUCGACGAUCUCAACCGGCUGUACGACAACCAUGGCAACCUCCGCGAUUCCAGGAGCCCCGAUACGAAGCUGAUCUUCGACCACGACAAGAACUGUUUGGCGGAUCAGUUUGCCGAUUUGCACUACAGUGGCUUGAAGCUGCCCAAAAUGGAGGCCCAGGGUGAGAACAUAGCCGACAAUGUGGGCAUCCGCCUAGCUUAUGCCACAUACACCAAGUGGCUGAAGCUGCAAUCCAAAGUGCCGGACACGGAGACACUGCCCAAUAUGUCGCAGACACCACAGCAAUUGUUCUACCUCAGUGUGGCACAGUCGAUGUGCACCGAUAUACUCGAGGAUCGGCGCCCAGCAUUUGUCCGGAAUAGCGUCCAUCCGCCGAACGAGUCGCGGGUAUUCGUCAUGAUGGCCAACAGCAAGUCCUUCGCCGAGGCCUUCCAAUGCGGCAAUCAGACUAAGCUAAGCCCCGCUCACCGAUGUGCCAUGUACUGA